GUCAACGUUGAAGCGUCUCCCAUCCGGAAAGACGUGUCGAGUCACCGGAAAAGGCUCAUUGUUCUGGCGGAGACGUAUCCUUGUCACUUUUGUACAACACUCCCACCAUGUGGACAGUUGAUCCGACGCCGUGUCGUCAUCGUCGUUGUGACGUCACUUCCGCCACGUGACUUUUCCCGGGAAAAAUAAUUGGCGCGGACUUUUUUUGUUAUUGUGUGCAGCUGCCGCUUAUUCCUCGCGUAGAAGCUGUCAGCGAGCGCGCAAAACCGGACGAAAGUCAUGGCUCCCGUCUCUACCACCGACAAAGACAUAGACGCACCGGACGGAGACGAUGUGAGUGAUUCAUGUGGUCUUGCCAAGUCUCGCUCCAGACGGGAGAAGAGGGAGAAGGUUGGGAGGAAAUCCGCUCUGGAGCAACUAAAAAAGGCCAAGCGAGGGGAGAAGAUCAAAUAUGAGGUGGAGGAGUUUAGCAGUGUGUAUGAGGAAGUGGAUGAGGCACAGUACUCUAAGAUCGUGCGGGACAGACAAGAGGAUGACUGGAUCGUUGAUGAUGAUGGAGUAGGCUACGUGGAGGAUGGCCGAGAGAUUUUUGAUGAUGAUUUGGAUGAUGAUGUGGUGGAACACAAACAAGGAAAUUCUACUGCCAAAGGAGCCACCGCAAAGAAACAAAUAAAAAAAGCAACAGUGGCAAAGCCCAACAGCAUUAAGAGCCUCUUCAUGAACAGUAAUGUCAAGAAACCAGCAGAGAAAGAUGUGGACUUGUCCAAGGAUGAUCUGUUGGGAGACAUUUUACAAGACCUGCACUCAGAGAAAAGCACCAUCUUGGCUCCUGUGGUAACAUUGAAGAAAAAGAAAUCUCUUGGAUCCCCCCUGAAUCCGUUCUCUGUCAAACCACAGAUGUCCAGGGAGCCAGCUCAGGCCAAAGUCAUCCAUCCACCACCACCUGACACCCAGAAGCCACCAGCCACUUUGUCUCCUCCCUCCAAAAGGGCUCCAGCAGUGGAGAAAGAGACAGAAACAGUUGAGAAGGAAGAGCAAGUGGCUGUAGAUCUGGCGUUCGACACUAUGGACUUUGAUGAGCCGAUGGAAGUCGGACCUGAGGAGCCUCCAGAGCCUCAAGUCAGAGAAGAGCCUCCGUCUGAAUCUAAAACAGCCCUCGUGGCACCCGCCAAAAAGGAGCCUCAGGAUGCCACCCUCCUCAAGACAGGAGGUUUCUGGGGGCUCGAUGAUGGAGAGGGUGCAGUCAGCGAGGCUCCUGCAGAGGUGCAGGUGGACUCACGCAAGCUGCCAUUGGUGGAAGGUCCAGAUGGCGAGCGGGUUUUCCGAUUCUAUUGGCUGGACGCUUUCGAAGACCCUUACAUUCAACCUGGCGUGGUAUACCUGUUUGGGAAGGUGUGGAUAGAGUCGGCCCAGACUCAUACAAGCUGCUGCGUCUCGAUCAGGAACCUAGAACGCACCAUGUACAUCCUGCCACGUGAAUAUAAAGUAAACCCCAAGACGGGGGAGGUGUCUGAUACGCCCGUUGGAAUGAUGGACAUCUACCAGGAGUUCAGUGAACUUUCUGACAAGUUCAAGAUCAUGAAGUUCAAGUCCAAGAAAGUGGAGAAAAACUAUGCCUUUGAAAUUCCUGACGUGCCCACGCAAAGCGAGUACCUGGAAGUCCGCUAUUCAGCCGAGUUCCCUGCUCUGCCGCCUGACCUUAAGGGGGCAACAUUUUCCCACAUUUUUGGAACCAACACUUCCAGCUUGGAACAGUUCCUCCUCAGUCGGAAGAUAAAAGGGCCAUGCUGGCUGGACGUGAAGACACCACAGCUGCUCAGUCAGGCUGUCAGCUGGUGCAAAGUCGAGGCUCUUGUCCCGAAGAGUGAUCUGGUCACCGUGGUGAAAGACUUGGCACCGCCACCCGUCACGGUGAUGUCUAUCAGCCUCAAGACAGUCCAGAACCCCAAGACUCAUCACAAUGAGAUCGUGUCCCUGGCAGCACUUGUCCACCAUCGCUUCCACAUGGACAAACCUCCUCCUCAGCCGCCUUAUCAAACUCAUUUUUGUGUGGUGACUAAACCUUCUGACUGUAUCUUCCCUUACGAUUUCAAGGAUGCACUGAGAAAGAAGAAUGCUAAAGUGGAGAUAGCCACGACGGAAAGAACUCUACUUGGCUUCUUCCUGGCCAAGAUGCAGAAAAUUGAUCCUGAUGUACUUGUGGGCCAUGACAUUUUUGGCUUUGACCUUGAAGUGCUUCUGCAAAGAAUUAACUACUGCAAAGUUCCGCACUGGUCCAAGAUAGGACGACUCAGGAGGGCUAACAUGCCUAAAUUAGGGGGCCGAGGCGCCUUUGCAGAGAAGAGCGCCACCUGUGGCCGUCUCGUGUGCGACACAGAGAUCUCUGCAAAGGAGUUGAUUCGCUGCAAGAGUUACCAUCUGACUGAGUUGGCCGCGCAGGUGCUGAAGACAGAGCGAGUCACCGUCCCAGAAGAGAGCAUCCGAAAUCUUUACAGUGAUUCUCCUCGUCUGCUCUACCUGCUGGAGCUGACGUGGACCGACGCCAAGCUGAUCCUCCAAAUGAUGUGCGAGCUCAACGUGCUGCCACUCGCCCUGCAGAUCACCAACAUUGCCGGCAACAUCAUGUCUCGUACUCUGAUGGGCGGUCGGGCCGAAAGAAACGAGUACCUGUUACUUCACGCCUUCCAUGACAAGAACUACAUCGUGCCGGACAAACCGUCCUUUAGGAAAAUUCAGAUGGACACGCAUGAAGGAGAUGAUGAUGUCGAUACUGGCAAAGGGAAGCGUAAGAAGAAGGCUGCCUAUGCAGGAGGGCUGGUGCUUGAUCCUAAAGUUGGUUUCUACGACAAGUUUGUGCUGCUGCUCGACUUCAACAGCCUGUAUCCUUCCAUCAUACAAGAGUUUAACAUCUGCUUCACCACCGUGCAACGGGAGGCCUCCAGCAAGCAAAAGAGGAAUCAGGAGGAUGAGCCCGAAGAGAUCCCAGAGAUUCCAGAUAGUGACCUGGAAAUGGGAAUCUUGCCCAAAGAGAUCAGGAAGCUGGUAGAACGACGCAAGAAUGUUAAACAGCUAAUGAAACAACAGGACAUCAACUCGGACCUUUACCUGCAGUAUGACAUCCGUCAGAAGGCGUUGAAGCUAACGGCCAACAGCAUGUACGGCUGCUUGGGAUUUAGCUACAGUCGCUUUUAUGCCAAACCGCUGGCUGCCCUGGUCACCCACAAGGGCAGGGAGGUGAGUGCAGCGCACACACAGGAAGGAACACACUCCAAUCAAUUUGACGCCAGCUAACACUAUUUUACUGAAC